CCUCAUCCAAACAAGGCAGUCGCUUCAAAGAUUCCCAGGAAUAGGAGAUCAUUAUAAACUCAAGGCCAAAUAUGGAAUAUUGGAUCCUUUGGACAUGCUUGUUGCUUCUUUUUCAAGGGAUUUAUGGAAACUCUACUCUUUCUGAAGAACCCAUCGUUACAACUCGUACCGUUUUCGAAUUAGAAGCUAAAACUGGAACGACAUUGAAUUCUGGUAUAUCUAAAAAAGACGGAGAAAAUUUUACAGUAAUUGAACCCAAUACACUUCGAUAUUUUAGUGUAGAAGACUAUGAGAAUUCAACCAAAGUGACUCAUAAUGAAGAACAGGAAAACCUCAAAAACUUGACAACGGAAGUAGUCAAUUCCACUGAAACUAAUGUAAUAACUAAUACGAGUACAUUUACAACGACAGAUUUCAUCUCAAAUGCUCACUUACAAUCUACCACAAAUGCUACAACCAAAAAUGCGUUUUAUAAUGCAGAACAAACUGAUAAUAAUAGUCAUGACUUAGAUGUAUCAAAGGAAGCAACAGAACAGAAUUUUGAUUUACAUGAAAGGGAAGGUAAUGAAACAGAUUUAGAGAUCCUGUCACAAAAUGAGCCAUUUACUUCUCUUGAAAAUAACAAAAGAUUUUCAGUAGAUUUUGAAGGAUCAGAAGCAUAUAACAAGGAACCUGUUUUAUCUGCACAUCCAUCAUCAGAUUCUAUCAAAAUCUCUACAGGCAAUUAUAAUACUGAUAGACAUGAUGAUGAUAUGGUUAAAGAUGCAUUUUACUCUGGAUCUGCAGAGACCCGUGCUUCAAAUAACUUUAAAAAAAGUCUUUCAGACUCUUCAAAUGAAGAAAAUUUUUCUACAUCUGAAUUGGAAUCUAUAUAUUCUAUUGAAGUAAACAGAAACCCUAAAAGAAUUGUAAAAUUACAAAGUACGCAGACAGAAGGAAGAUUAAGACCAGCACGACCAGAUCCUGGUUAUACAGAUCGUCUUGAGCUCGACCUUGUUAGGCCUUACAGACCAGACACACCUUUGCAUCAAUAUCCGUAUUACAGACCUACUCCUGAUUACCGUACACCAGUAAUUAGACAAGAUGCUGAGUUUACAAGACCAGCGAGACCAGAUCCAGAUUUUCACCUAUUGUCAUUUAAGCCCAGUUAUACGUAUUCAAGACCAUCAUACAAAAAUAGGACAUUUGUGAGUACAGAAUCACCGACUUCAAGACCAUACAGACCAACUUAUAAUCGCCCUAGCUAUUCUCAGAUAAGUUUUGGAAAACCCUACAGACCUGAUUAUUCUAAAUCUCCAUCCACCUCAUGGAAUGAAGCCAGUUUUCUUCACAAAAGUGGUUUAGCCCCAAAUAGUGACUUAAGCUAUGAUAGUGAAAUUUCUAGAGCAGAUUAUGAUUUUACUAUAGUAGAUGAUGUAGAUCAUAAAGAACCGACUAAUUUGUCAGAAAAGAACGAUACAACAGUUACAAGCCGACCAAACUUUGUUGAUAAUACAGUUUCGCUUGUGCCAAACAAAACUGAAAUUGCAAUAAAUCAUCAAAAUGUUUCUAGUCCAAAUAAUGUUUUAAAGGAACCACUUCAGGGCAAUGAUGAGGUUGAUAAUAAUACAGAGGAAUUAUUCUCACCAGGACUGGUAACACAUUAUGGAAAUUUAACAAAAGUUGAAUAUGUAAAAGCUGAUUGCUUUGAUAGUUACAUGAAAGUGACAGUUCGGUUCAAUGGAACAUUUGAUGGAUUAAUUUACAGCUCUGGAUAUGCUCAAGAUUCUUCUUGUAGUUAUGUUAAUGGUUCUGGCAGAAAUCAAUACGAGUUUAUCAUCCGACUGAAUCGUUGUGGCACUCUUGGCCAACAGGAUGUGUCAGAUCCAUCAAGCGAGGGUAGACACGUUCGAGCCCAGUAUUUAGUGAACACUUUAACUGUUCAAUAUAAUCCUGUAAUUGAGGAAGAUAUUGAUGAACACUUCAGAGUUACAUGCGAAUAUGGUUAUGACUUUUGGAAAACAGUAACUUUUCCAAUGAUGAACGUCGAAAGUGGUGCAUUUCAAGAAAAAACGGGGAAUACAGUGGUAUUCACUUUACCUCCACCACAAUGUCAUAUGGAAAUACGUUAUGGAUAUGGACCAACUGGUCAAAGGAUAACUGGACCCGUGAAUGUAGGAGACCAUAUUACCUUAGUCAUUCAUAUGAAAAGUGAAGCAGGGGGUUUUGAUAUUUUGGUUAGCGAUUGCCAUGCUCACAAUGGAGCUGGGAAACGAUUGCAACUCAUUGAUGAAAAUGGAUGUGUAGCACACGAAAAAUUAAUUGAGCCUUUCAAAGGUGUUACGAAUGCUGCAAAUCAAGUUACAUUGUAUGCUCUUCUAAAAACCUUUAGAUUUACUGGCAGUAGAGCAUUAUAUUUAGAAUGCGAUGUGCAUAUGUGUCAUGGAGCCUGUCCUCCUCAAAAAUGUUAUUGGAAACGUAAUCUAGUUAAAAGAUCUGCUGAAGAUACAUCUGAUAAGAAUGGAAUAAUUUCUGAAAGUAUCAGUCUUUUCCAAGCAUUAGAAGUGCAGCAGCAAGACGUCAACUCACCUUUUCUUCUUCAAUCCAAAAAUGGAACUGGGAAUGAAGAUAAGUUGUGUUUUCGAACAGAUGGCUUUGCAGCUGCAACCUUUGGAAUAGUGUUAUUGUUGCUAAUUUCCAUUCUUGUGGGCAGUUGCUUUUAUUGCCGAAUGAAUCGACUGAAAGUCAUCAUUAAUAAAGGCACUUUUUCCAGUGACAAUCACUAUCCUUUAUAAAAAUAGUGACCGAUUUCAUUAAUCGAUUCACGUAAUUAGUACAUCACGUGAAACACUAUUUUGUUCCUAUUUGUUGCCAUGGACAAUGGGAAACAUACAUUAUUCCAUAUAUUGCUGGUCUUUAUAUGAGACAUUGUUAAUAAGCUUUUUUUUUAAAAAAACAAUUGUUAUUUUCCCUCAGUUCUGGCCUAACAUUUUUUACUCAAAGGCUUAAGAGUGGUUUUCCAGCUAGGCUUAUCUCUGCAUAUUUCUUGAGAUUAUUUUGUAUAUAUAUAUUUCUUCUUCGUACUACGUAAACUUGUAUAUUAAAUAACUUUUGUCGAUAAUCAGAGCCAUAUUUUACCAUUUCCUGAAAGAAAAAUGUUUUUAAACAAAUAACGACUAGGCGAAGAGAAAGUUUUUCCGCAAUCGUUACACUUUAUAAAUAAAUUUAGAAUCUUUGCAGAAAAUGAAGAAAGAACAGCAUAAAAAAUAAUAUUUAAACAAUGGAAAAAAACUCUUUGCAGAAAAUGAAGAAAGAACAGUAUAAAAAAUAAUAU